UGUUGAAAUGGCAUGUGCUAAAACCUAUAUCGCUCAAUAUAUAUGCUUACCCAUACCCAAAAUGUGACCUUGUGAAGCGUCGUACAGGUGGGCCGCGAGUACUCGGUGACGCCUGGUACUACAAUAAGAAGAGUUCCUGCAACUCGUUCGCCUCAAUCACAGUUCUACUUAUCGUGGCGCCCAAUAGCCGGAAUAUUGGCACAUAACACGGUGUUUACAGCAACUAUACUUCAGAGCAUCACUCCAAAAUGUUUGAUAGGUCGAGAAAUGUCGUAGACUUGACUCGGCAGUCACCACCAAUCGACCUGUCUCAGCCUUAUGACCCUGAUUGGGUGUCCGCCAAGACAAUUCUCAUUACUGGUGGUGCAUCAGGGUUCGGCGAGCAUUUCUUCAGAAAGUGGGCAUCACACGGCGCAAAUGUCAUCAUUGGAGAUAUCAGUGACAAAAAGGGGAUAGAACUGGUCGAGGAGGUUCGUGCUUCGACGGGCAAUAAAAAUCAUCACUAUAUCCACUGCGAUGUCACGAUAUGGCAAUCGCAGGUGGACUUCUUCCAUCAGGCACUCAAGCUCAGCCCAACUGGUGGGAUAGACAGCGUCGUGGCCAACGCUGGUAUCAAUGGCUAUGGCGGCAGGCCAUUCUGGGAUCCUCCGGGUCUCGACGCAGACAGCCCACCCAAACCAGAUAUGAAGUGCCUCGAGGUAAACCUGAUCGGUGUCACAUACACGGUCCAUCUCGCACUCUUCUACUUGAAGCGGAACCCAAACUCUGAUGUAGCAGACCACAAAGCACAGCCAUCAGCAAACAGGCCUGACCGGCACCUGCUCCUUAUCGGGUCUAUCGCUUCCUUAGUUACUAUCCCAGGGCUGACGCAGUACAAUGCUUCAAAACACGGCGUCCUUGGUUUGUUCAAGUCGUUGGGAACAACUGCCUUCAUGGGCGGCUUGCGCGUCAACAUCGUCCUCGCUUACUUCGUCAGCACGCCUCUUCUCCAGGCCGGAGCCCGCGUCCUACUCGCUGGCAACCCCAUAGCCACGCCCGAGGACGUGAUAGACGCCGGGACGCGCUUUAUGGCAGACGCGAGGAUUUCAGGGCGCGCCUUGAUGAUUGGGCCGAAGGUUAAGGUUAGGGCUGAUAACGAAUGGGAGGUCGUGCUGCAAGAGGAUAAGGAGGGAGUGGAAGUGACUGUACGCGAGGUAUUCGUGGAUGACUUUGAGGUCGUGGAGGCGUUCUGCGCGAGGUUGAUCAAGUUGCUGAACGUGCUCGAGGCAGCUCGUGGGUGGAGCGGGUGGUUCUCUGAUAUGUUUGCUGCGAUAACAUAUCGUGUCCUUGUUAUAUUUGGUCUGAGGAGGAAAUGAUAGGGGUAAAGAGUGGAAGAGUUAAUGAAUACUACGCCCUCAUAUUUACAG